CGCCGGCGGCCUGGAGCGUGCGCAGGCGCAGCGGCGCUGAUGGCGGAAAUGGACCUGGUUGCCGAGUUCCCCCAGCCUGCCGGUGCCGCGGACUGGGCUGAGGUUAUGGCUAGCUUUGCCGCCAGGCUGGGCGCGCAGGGCCGGCGGGUGGUGUUGGUCACGUCAGGCGGCACCAAGGUCCCACUGGAAGCGCGGCCAGUGCGCUUUCUGGACAACUUCAGCAGCGGGCGGCGAGGUGCAACCUCGGCCGAGGCCUUCCUGGCCGCCGGCUAUGGGGUGCUGUUCUUGUACCGCGCUCGCUCCUCUUUCCCCUUUGCCCACCGCUUCCCACCCCAGACCUGGCUGUCGGCUCUGCGGCCUUCCGGCCCAGCCCAUUCGGGCUUGCUGAGCCUUGAGGCCGAGGAGAAUGCACUCCCGGGCUUCGCUGCGGCUCUGCGGAACUACCAAGAGGCUGCGGCUGCCGGCACCUUCAUGGCGGUAGAGUUCACCACUUUGGCGGACUAUUUGCAUUUGUUGCACUCUGCGGCCCAGGCGCUCAAUCCGCUAGGCUCUACUGCGAUGUUUUACCUGGCUGCGGCCGUGUCAGAUUUCUAUGUUCCUGUUUCUGAAAUGCCUGAACACAAGAUCCAGUCAUCUGGGAGCCUACUGCAGAUAACGAUGAAGAUGGUGCCAAAAAUGCUUUCUCCUUUGGUUAAAGAUUGGGCUCCCAAAGCAUUUAUAAUUUCCUUUAAGUUGGAGACUGACCCCUCCAUCGUAAUUAAUCGUGCUCGGAACGCUUUGGAAAUUUAUCAACAUCAAGUGGUGGUGGCUAAUAUCCUUGAGUCACGACAGUCCUGUGUGGUUAUUGUAACCAAAGACUCAGAAACCAAGUUAUUGCUAUCAGAGGAAGAAGUAGGAAAAGGCAUAGAGAUAGAAGAGAAGAUAGUGGAUAAUCUUCGAUCUCGACACACAGCCUUUAUAUGUGAAAAAAACUGAAAUGAAGUAAAAGCCUUAUAGGGUCAAAUAUUAUUUAGGGCUCUUACAGAUGGUGAGAACUAUAAUAAAUCCUUUGCUUUCAUAAGGACAGAGAAAAUGAAGGAAAGGGAAAAAGUGAUGUACAGGCAAAUAUAGUUUGGUAUUUUGUCUUUUAAUGACCAAACCACCUGACACACUCACCUGAAUGUCAUCUUGAGUUUGAAAUUGAACACUAGGGCUGUUUCUCACCUUUAACAAAAGAGCUUAUUGGGAAUUAUAUAUUCCUCAAAAUAUAAAUCCUUUGCUUUCAUACGGACAGAGAAAAUGAAGGAAAGGGAAAAAGUGAUGUGCAGGCAAAUAUAGUUUGGUAUUUUGUCUUUUAAUGACCAAACCACCUGACACACUCACCUGAAUGUCAUCUUGAUUUUGAAAUUGAACACUAGGGCUGUUUCUCACCCUUAACAAAAGAGCUUAUUGGGAAUUAUAUAUUCCUCAAAAUCUACUUGGGGGCCUGAAUUUGAGCCUUCUUCAUACUACAAAAAGAGGAUUAUGGAUGCAUGAGUGGUCAUGCUUUGAAGAUCAAAUAUUUGUUGAGUGCCUACUAUAUGCCAGCUCCUAUGCUGAGCUAUGAGGAUUAAAACAAUGAAUAAACAUGUCUUGUUUGGGAAAUGGAUGUAUAAACAAAUACAAUAAAGUGUGUGCCCAAAAGCUGCCA